AUGUCCUUCAUCCAUGGACUCCUUGAACAUAGUACCAAGGAGGUCCGAGAACGAAAACGGGAACAGCUCGCCCGGGAGUAUAAAGAAACUGAGGAAGUUGUUAAUGUUUGUCUUAACGAAAUCUACGUUUUAUUUAGCCAUUUCCGCGUUCUUCCGUCUUCCUCACUUUUAGAAAAAUAUGACGAGGUCACCAAAAUCCUGAACGUUUAUCGCGAGGUUUCCCAAAACCUAGAAAACAUCAGAAAUGCUGUUCGGAAAGUGAAAAAGGACAUAGGCGAAUGCAAGAACUUCCUCGCUUGUAAUCGCGAGGAAUUGCGCAGGCUCUGGCUAGACCUGAUUGAGCAACGCCGCAGUUUAGAACUUAUCGAGGUUCUUGAUCGAGUUCGACUCGCUCCAGAUAUAAUUAAUAACUUAAUAUCUGCACGAGCCUGGCCGGAGGCUACCGAUUUCCUUUUGAGCAUCCACGAGCUCGCGGAGACGGAAGUGCGAAAUGUUCCAGCAUUGGAUGUGACUAUGGCCGAACUCUCGAUUAAGAAAAAGACACUUUUCGAGGAAAUCUGCCAAUCUUUGUUGUUUCUCAUAUUCAAACAACCACUGGCGCUAGUCCUGCACGACAGGAGUUUUCGUUGCGGACCUUCUUUAACUGCCGUUGCUCCUGACAUUGAUGGCGAAGCUCCUCCCGCCAGCUCGUCGAUGGCUGUCGAUUCGGACCCAGUCUCAAGUGAACUCUCGGGGGCCAAACGCUUUACUGAUCUGCCCCUGUCAGAUUGGCGUUCCUUGCCAGUUGACCCGCCGGCUAUCAACCCAAACCUCCAGAAGGAUCCUCGAGCAGUUACGGCCGCCUUGUUGGCUAGUACUGGCGCUGCCAAGGAGCAGCGAAAAAUGGCCGCACGACCGCUUUGGCGUGUGAAGGCCCACAUGGGAUCGUCCGCCGCGGGCACUGGUUCUCAGGGUCCUUCUGGUACUGGCGGUGUCCCUGACUUACACCCCAGGAAGAAAGCCUCCUCUGUGUUUUCUCCAGGCCAGGGUUUGGUAGGGGAAAUUCACAACAGUAUUGUACUGCCGGCUGUUGCGGAGAUCGAGCGCAAUGUCGCUGCGCAAGGCCAACCUUUUCCACUUUCUUCCCUGGCUGAGCCCAGCUACCUCACUGAACUCCUUCAGCUCAUUUUUCCUGCCCUCUACAUGCACUUCAAUGCCUUUAUGGUGAUGAUUCAAACAAUGCGAAGUAUAAAACAGGUAAACUGCGGGAAUGCCUUUAGCCGGCUCUUAAUUGUAAUCGUUGUGUACUUUCUGUCCAUUGAAUCUAUUUUCCCAAAUGUUGUCGGGCCUACUCGUUUAAUCAGAAAGCACCUCUAUGUCUUCUUCUCUUUCGAGUUUAAAUUUCAUUUUGGUUGUUGA